AUUUUAAAAUGCAGACUUGUUGGAUCCUUCUUCCAUCCAUUCUUAGUGCACUUUAAGACCUUCUAUAGUAAACAUCACUGAUGGGACCUUAGCAUCUAUUCUAAACAAUCUCCCUCAUUAUGAACCAGCAAUGUACUCUGGCUAGGACUGAAACUAUCCCAAGCUUAAGAGGUGGUCCCAGACAGGAUUAAAACAAAGUAAGGGACAGAAAUGGGUCUUUAGAUUCUAGGACUAAAAUCUCUACCAAUAAUUCCACACCUCUUGAAACAAUUAUUCCUUCAGUGGCAGGCACAUGAUUUUACUUGGCCUAAUCAGAGUGAAAGUUAGGUUUUAGGUUUUUGUUCUAUGUUUAGGGAUAGACCCUGACUCUCUUUUCCCGAGCCGAAAGAGAAAACAGUCACAGUUGUGGCUCCAAUAAAUUUUGGGAACCUGGGGGAAGCCAGCUUUAGGGGUAAGAGUCUGAUUUAAAUGAAACUAACUUGUUUAUGCUUGUGUACUUAUGAAUUUUUUUUAUAAAUUAUGAAAAACGGUAAAUAAAUGAUAGGUCUACGUAACAUGUUCUACCCCAAUAUCUUGCUUCAUUUUCUACCAGUUCAUAAUUCACUGCUAUUAAGGGAAUCUACAUAAAUGCCUUUUUGUUCUGUCACAAUGACCUAGAUAUGCCUUAUCUCAUCAUUAAUACAGUUUCAUAACUUCAGAAAGGACUUCUGAGAUGAUCUUCCCUUUCCCUAACCACCUAAGGAAAGCCAAGUACUGAUAAAAUUUCAUUCAGCUCAACAAUCGGUUAUAACCGGCUUGUUUCAGGCUUACAAUCAUCUCAGAAACACUACAAAUUCCUGGGGGCCAGGAAUCACAUCUCGUAUCUGUAUUCACCACAACUGAGCAUGUUUGGUUGUGAGGAGAGUGGGGAAAGACAUUGAACAAAUGCUUUAAAACAAAUACAAACAUCGUCACAAACUAUAAAGAUUAUAAAAUUAUUAUUAUGGAAGAUAGAAUAUAUUUUUAAUCACUUAAACAGAAGGAUUUAUUUAAACACAAUAUUUGCUUCUGAAAGAUAUUUAUGAAAACAAAAUUUAGGUAGUGUUCCUCAAACUGUGAAAAUCUGUGGAGACGCAUGGUGGCGCUGCAGGAUAAUACCAAGAAAAAAAUUAACCCUGGAUGACGUUGAAGACCCUGUUAUCCAGUACAGGCAGAGAAUUGGGAAGACAGAAAGAACAAUCCUUUAAGGGACAACCUAGAAGCCAUUCAACAGGGUUAAAAUCCGUAGAUUUCCGAGGACUUUGUGGACAGAUGAGAGGUAUAGUUCCCGGAACUACCAAGUGGCACUGAGGCAAUUCUGCAAGAAGAUUUUGGGGUUUUGGAAAAGAAGCUAUGGAAAACGGAGGAGCAGGCACACUGCAGAUAAGGCAAGUCCUGCUUUUCUUUGUUUUGCUGGGAAUGUCUCAGGCGGGCUCUGAACCAGGGCGCUUUUUGGUGAUGGAGGAAAUGCAGAGUGGAAGCUUUGUAGGAAAUUUGGCAAAGAACCUGGGACUGGAGGUGAGUGAGCUGUCUUCGCGUGGGGCUCGAGUGGUCUCUAAUGAUAACAAAGAGUGUUUGCAGCUAGACACACACACUGGGGAUUUGCUCUUAAGUGAAACGCUAGACCGGGAGGAGCUCUGCGGUUCCACCGAGCCUUGUGUACUAUAUUUCCAGGUGUUAAUGAAAAACCCCACUCAGUUUUUACAAAUUGAGCUCCAGGUCAGGGAUAUAAAUGAUCACUCUCCCGUCUUCUUGGAAAAAGAAAUGCUCCUAGAAAUCCCAGAGAACAGUCCUGUUGGUGCUGUGUUCUUGCUUGAAAGUGCAAAGGAUUUAGAUGUAGGAAUCAAUGCUGUAAAAAGCUACACAAUAAGCCCCAACUCUCAUUUUCACAUUAAAAUGAGAGUCAAUCCAGACAAUAGAAAAUACCCCGAGUUAGUCCUGGACAAGGCGCUGAAUUAUGAAGAGCAACUGGAGCUCAGUUUCAUUCUCACUGCUUUGGAUGGCGGGUCCCCUCCCAGGUCUGGAACUGCCUUGGUCAGGGUGGUGGUUGUGGACAUUAAUGACAACUCCCCUGAGUUUGAGCAGGCUUUUUAUGAGGUGGAGAUUCUAGAGAAUAGCAUCCUUGGCUCCCUGGUUGUGACCGUCUCAGCCUGGGAUUUAGACUCUGGAACAAAUGGUGAACUAUCCUAUACCUUUUCCCAUGCCUCAGAAGAUAUUCACAAGACAUUUGAAAUUCAUCAAAAGUCUGGAGAAAUUACUUUAACAGCACCUUUGGAUUUUGAAUCAAUUGAGUCAUACUCAAUGAUCAUUCAAGCCACAGAUGGGGGAGGACUUUUUGGAAAAUCUACAGUCAGAAUUCAGGUGAUGGAUGUAAAUGACAAUGCUCCUGAAAUCACUGUGUCAUCACUUACCAGUCCAAUCCCAGAAAAUACGCCGGAGACCGUGGUUAUGGUUUUUAGUAUACGAGACAGAGACUCUGGGGACAACGGAAAGAUGAUGUGUUCUAUCCCGGAAGACCUUCCAUUUGUGCUAAAAUCUUCCGUUAAUAAUUACUACACGUUGGAAACAGAGAGAACGCUGGACAGAGAAAGCAGAGCCGAGUACAACAUCACCAUCACCGCCACUGACUUGGGGACCCCCAGGUUGAAAACCGAGUACAAUACAACCGUUCUGGUCUCUGACGUCAAUGACAACGCCCCCGCCUUCACCCAAACGUCCUACACCCUGUUCGUCCGCGAGAACAACAGCCCCGCCCUGCACAUCGGCAGCUUGGCCUCGGUGUCGUCGCUCUUCCUGUUCUCGGUGCUCCUGUUCGUGGCGGUGCGGCUGUGCAGGAGGGGCCGGGCGGCCUCGGUGCCCGAGGGUCCCUUUCCAGGGCAUCUGGUGGACGUAAGUGGCACCGGGACCCUGUCCCAGAGCUACCAGUACGAGGUGUGUCUGGCGGGAGCUUCUGGGACCAAUGAGUUCAAGUUUCUGAAGCCAAUAUUACCCAAUAUUCUGAGCCAGGAGUGUAGGAGGAAAUCAGAAUUUCUGGAAUAAUGUAGUAUCUGAAACUUUAAAAUUAAUUUUGUUUUCCUCACUUUUCAGUUUGUUUUUGUAAUCUUUAAUUCCACUUUUUAAAAAAAUUUCUACUAUUGUCCUUAGUAAUGUUACUCAUUUCGUUGGCCUCGUUGUUAUAUAAUUAGUUUUCAAAUUAAUGUAUUAUUAUAAAUAUUUUAUAUCAGGAAAUUUCAUAUUUCUGAAUAAAUUUAUAGUAUCUAUUCCUGAAGGGUAAUACGAAAUUAACCCAACCUAGUAAACAUAACUUUAAUUUUGAAAGUACCUUUCACACUAUAUGAUACUACAUAAGAAUGUAUGAUUUUUGUAGUCGUAUUUCAUUUUUAAAGUUUUUUUUUUAGUUUUUCCUAUUUACACAGCUCUGACUUUUUGAUAAAAGUUUGGGGUGGAAUCAUUUCACAUUUAUCUAUGUGUAGUUUUUCCAAGCUUCCUACAUGGAGUUUUGUUUGUUCACUAAGAAUAUGGAUAAUUUUAAGCUAUGCUUUUCAAGAUCACACUUUUAAGCAUUAGACUUUCAUUCUAAAACACAUGUCAUCUCAUAAAAAUAUAUCUGCAUAAUGUAUUCUUUCUCAUGUAAAUUAACAUAGAAAAGACUAAUGGGUUCUUCCUUAUCUCUGUCUAAAGUUAUGAUCCUAUUAAGAGUGCUGGACAGGUUUUUUAAUACCCAGAUUUACUGUGUUUAAGGUGUUUCUAUAAAGCCAAUAGACACUAGGACCAAGUAAUGCAUCUCCUACAAUUUCCUGUUGUCACAGCAGGAAAAUCUUAACAGAGUUCCAAAUUCUGGGCUUAAGGGAGUUUCUGAUGGUACAGUAUGCCAACAUCUAUUUGUCUUUGGAUUGUGACAUUGUUCUGAUUGAUAAGGAAUUUGAAAGAAAAUACAUUGUAGAAUUAACAUUAGUUAACCAAACAAAAUUUAUUUAAAGAUAUGUUGGUGAAGGAGUUGAAUUAUUUGAGGAAAAAACAUUUGCUCUCUUGUUUGGACUCUUCUCUCACCAGGAGUUUCUGAACUUUGCAGAUACUCUAGAAUGGUAUUGCAUGCAAAAUAAUGACCACCAAGAUAUUCACACCCUAAUGCCUGAAACCUAUGAAUAUGUUAUACUGCAAAGAAAUUAAGGUUUAAAUAGAUUUAAGGUUGCCAAUUAGCUAAAUUUAAAAUGGGGAGACUCUCCUAGAUAACCUGAGUGGGUCUAUUUCAAUCAGUAGAAAGGCCAGAAAAGCAGAGUUAAGUCUUCCCUGAGAUGAAAAAGAAAUUUCGCUUCUGGACAGCAGCUUCAGCUUAUGACCCAGAAUUCCAGCCUGCCCCUCCCAACUGCCUGCUGUACAGAUUUGGAUUUGUCUAGCCACCAUCCACAACUGAAUAUGUCAUUUUCUUGCAAUAAAUCAAUUACUAUACA